AGACGUUCUUUUUUUAGUCUCCUGCUUCUCUCUUCCUCAAGCUGAAUAGUUUUUUUUCCCCCGGAUUUUUUUUUUAGCGAGACCUUUUUCUCAUUCUCUCGCUCUCUCUUCUGGCUCUUCUAGUAGUAGUAGGGUUUUAUUUCUUUCUCGUUCUUUGUUUAUUUUGGUCCGUUCGUUUGGCCUGUUCUUUCAUUUUUUUUCCCCUCCCUUUUUUUUUCUUCUUCACAUCUUAUACUUCUUUUAACGGGGCUGAUUUUUUAACGUGUUUAGGCUAAAUAGAUUAUUCAAAAAUAAGUGGAGAUUAAUUUUUUUUCUUCGCGUUUUGUAUGUCACAGUUUUAUUGGCCAGGAUUUCCUUACAAGUGUGCCAAGAUAUAAAAAAUGUGAUUUGAUUGAGUCUUUUAUUUCAUUCACAAGUGCUCAGUUCUGGAAAUCGGUGACUUUCAAUGUUAUUUGAAGUUAUCGAUUAAUAUGGAGUACAUUAUUCAUACUCAUCGUUUGGACACAGUGACCUCACAAAAUGGAAGUUGAUUCACGGGCAACAUUCAGUUGGCACUAGUCAUGGAUUGGACUCUGAUAUCAUGAAAUAAAAGAUGAGCAAAACACAUCAAGUAUUGCUCACCAAAUGCCACCUCAGAACCUUAGCACACCAACUCAACAACAGCAACAUCCAGAACACCAUCAGAUGAGCCAGUCUUUGGUAGAGCAGCAUACAGUGGUCAGUAUGACCGACCAGCACUCGGCCCUGGAGCACGCUCACAGUAUGGCGGAGCAUGCUGCUCACAGCAUGCUCGAUCUCAGCGAAACGGGCAGCUCUUUAGAGCACCUCGCCGGCGGUGGUCACUCUUCACAGUCAUUGGUGGAUCUGACCACGGGACGUAACCCUGAUCAAACUAUAGAUUCAGUGUCGGCGAACGGGAGAAGGCAGAACCAGAUGCACGAUAGGAUAGGAUUAAACGAAGGAGGAAGAGACCUCGGGUCUCUAGGAGGAGGAAACCGGCCCCUCUCUGGGUUAGGGGGAGGCUCCUUGUCAGACAGGCAGAACCAGCCGAUGAGAAACAUGACACCCGUCGGGGGUGACAGUCGGGGUGUUCAUGGCGGUGGAAUGGGAAAUUCAUUAUCGUCAGAUGGACAUGGAAGUGUUGGGCUAGCUGGGAACGGCAAUGGUUUGCCUGAUCAGGGUGGUUUCAAUCCUGAGCAGUCUCAAAACUUGUUAGAUUCCAUGUCUUCUCGAGGCCGACCGCCUUCCAUGGGCGGAGGUCAGCAUAAUUUAGGGACAGUGGAUCAGCAGCAGCACGGCGCCCAGCAGUUGCCUCCACACAUGAGAGGUCUCGCGGAACACCAGUCCCACCAACACCAAAGCUUAGUGGACCAUCACUCCCAACAGCAGAACAUGGACAACAACACAAACAGCCAUAACGGCCGCGGAGGGAUGUAUGGUUUGGACAGUGGCAAUGGCCAGCUUCAUUCGCGGCCGGGCUCCACGCUCUUGUCUGAGGGCAACAACCGCAAUGACGCUCGUGACCUCUCUCGGGGCGUUUACAAUUCGUCGUCAGGUGAUCGGCCCCAGGGCCACCACUCUACGUCACUUAUAGAAGAAACGAUAGCGGCGGUGGCCUCCAACCUCAACAAGUCGCCUGACGGUGGACUAAUGCCGGGACCGCUGCCACCAAACUCGAUGAUGGGCCAUCUUGGCACGUUGGGCUUGAUUCGCGCCAGCAGCACGGGGUCUCAUCUAGGUCACGGCAACGACGAGACCCUCGCAGACCUGGUCGGGAGACACCACCCACACGGGAUACCAAUGUUAUCGGAGCGGGCUAGCCAGUCCCUUUCUGGCCUCAUGGACGACCACUCCAUCGGGGCCUCCUCUUCCGGCCACGGGCCAGGGAGGGAGCUGGAGAAGACUCACCCUUGCCUGACCUGCCUGAAGAUGUUCCGCAGCAAGCAGCAGUUGGCCCAGCAUAGUCUGGUGCACACGGGUGUGCGAAAGCACAUCUGUUCCUUCUGUGACCGGGCCUUUAAACAGCUUUCCCACUUGCAACAGCACGUUCGGAUCCAUACAGGAGAGCGCAAGUAUGUUUGCUCGCUCUGCGAUAAAGGAUUCAAGCAACUUUCCCAUUUACAACAGCACUUCCGCAUACAUACGGACGAACGCAAGUACAUCUGUUCUUGUUGUGAGCGUGGAUUUAAACAGCUUUCACACCUUCAGCAACACUUUCGCAUCCAUACCGGUGAGAGAAAAUAUGUAUGUCAGAUUUGCAACCGUGCAUUUAAACAAAUGACGCAUUUACAACAGCAUCAUAGAAUACACACCGGAGAGCGCAAGUACAUUUGCCAGAUAUGCAAUCGUGCAUUUAAGCAAAUGACUCAUUUGCAGCAACACCAUAUUAUCCACACCGGAGAGCGCAAGUAUAUCUGUCAAGUCUGCAAUCGUGCAUUUAAGCAAAUGACACAUUUGCAGCAACACCAUAGAAUUCACACAGGAGAACGCAAGUACGUAUGCCAGGUAUGCAAUCGAGCUUUUAAGCAAUUGACACAUUUACAGAAGCACCAUGUUAUUCAUACGGGAGAGCGCAAGUAUAUAUGUCAGUGCUGUGACCGUGGUUUCAAACAACUGACCCACUUGCAGCAACACUACAGAAUACAUACUGACGAACGGAAAUACGUAUGCCAGUGCUGCGACCGGGCCUUUCGCCAGCAGUCGCAUCUCAACCAGCACUUCCGCAUACAUACAGGUGAGAAGCCCUACAGGUGUAAGUUUGAAAACUGUGAACGAGCCUUUGCCCAGCUGUCCAAUCUUCAGCAUCACAUGCGAAAUCAUGAUGACCAGGUAAAGAAAGAAGCCACCCGUAUUCACAAAUGUCAGAUUUGUCACAGGUGCUACACGAACGAAAGUAGUCUUAAGUCUCAUACUUUAAAGAUGCAUAUUCAUAUCAAGCCCAUAGACCAGCAUCCUUUACCUACGCCCAAAAAAAGACGAAAGCGCAAAAAUAAAGACCUAUAUGGUGGAGCACCUACGAUGGUUCCAGUAUCCUCAGCAGAUGGCAAUUUCAACAACACAAUGCAGGGUAUGAAGGCAGGUGGUUCUCGCACCCGCAGUCCAACAUCUUCUGAUGAUGAUGAAAUUAUAUUUGUUGGAGAGCAGAUGGGUCCCCCCAGGGUGGAUAAUUUUGGGGGUGCAGGGGGUGCUCUUGGAGGACAAGGGCAGCUGCUCCAGGGACCUGGAGGACGAGGGCAUGAUUUCAGUCACCAAAUUCAGUUUACAGGGAUGGGCAACUUUUCAAGAGGUGCAGAUCCACUGGCACUUCUGGCCUCGGCCAAUAGAUUUACGCUGCAGGACAAUAUGAUGUCUAGUCUCGGUGGCCCUCUGAAUUCCUUCUCAGAUCAGCUGGCAUUCAGAGAUGCAGCUCUUCUCAACAGCCGCUUUGGUGAUCUCAGGGGAGUCUCUCAAGGCUCCAGUUUUGAUGACCGCUUCUCAGCUGGCACCUUCAACCCACAGCAGCCUCAGCAGCAGCAACAGCAGCGAGACCGAGACAACUUUGGAAAUCAUGGUGACAUAAACAAUCGGGGUGGGACCGGUGGUAACAACAAUGGAGAUAACAACAUGCAACCACAGAAUGGUAAUACCAAUGAGAACAGGAAUCAGAUUCCAGCACACAACCAAGGAAUGCUUCGGGGUGCAGGAAUGGGUGGAUUGAGUGGAAGCAUUCAAGGAAUGAUGCAUGGAGCUGGCCAGGGAGGACUGAGUAAUCUAAUGAAACAGAUUAAACAGGAGCCUUUGGAUUAUUUCCCUUCAUCCUGCCAAGGAGGAGAUCAGUUUGCUGCCAUGGGUGUAAACAGUGGGGGAGGCUUUCUGUCCCCCCAACACAUUAUCAACUCCCACCUGCGUGGCCAGUUGCCUUCACUGAAUGUACCCCUCAUAAGGGACCAUUUUACACAUAACCAAAUGUUGCCCCACUCAACAUCGUCAGUAUCUUCUUCAACAUCUGCUAUUAACGUGGUCUCUUCCUCUGCAUCAUCUACUCUUUCCAGUACUCCUGCCUCACUGACAUCUCUCCCCCUGCCCCUCAGCCAUAUGGGCCUGUAUCAUCAAUCCCACUUCACUUCUCAAAGGAUGGGAGGUCUCCACCCUUCCCCUGCUUCAACACCUUCAAGCCAGAUGUCAGUCGGCGCUGCUAACCUGCCCAGCAAUCUUAGCACUCAAGGUGGACGUUCACCGCUUGAGCAGGAAGAUUUACGCUGUUUCUCUCCAAUUCGUAACUGAACAGCUUUUUUGUGGUAUCAUUUUUGUGUAGAACUAACAGAAUGGAGUAAAAAAACAAACAAACAUGUUAAUCAGUGGCUAGUUCUUAUUUUGGACUGUGUCCAUGUUAUAUGACUUUAUUGUCACAGUUAACAGCUUCACUGCCCUCCAUUGUGAAUAUCUUUUCAAAGACAUUUCUACAAUGAAAGUUUGUGAAUGAUUUUCAAUUCUUCAGAUACCUUUGUAACUUUUAUGACCAAGAGUAGGAUACCACAUUGAUUAUUCACCUCUAGUCGCUGAUACAUCUUUGCUUCCGCAAGAGUUGAAUAUUUACUUAACUAUGUUUUAUUCAUGAUUUGAUAACCAGAUAUCCUGCCAUACUUUCAGUAACUUCUCAUUCUAUUAAUGUUUAAUUGAAUAUUUGCUUUAAAGAACUAUCUUAUUUGAUUGUAUACAGGCAAUGCAUUAUAUGUAUUGCCAUUUAUGUUUGUGUUCUUCAAGUCUUUUUAUUUGUUUUACUUCUGAGAAGAAACAUUUUUUUUUUAAAUUUAUUAUGCAAAAUUUCUAUUCACAGCUUACACGUAAGGUUAUAAGACUUGACCAAUUAUGACUUGUUUGAAUAACAAAUUGAAACGUUCAAAUAUGUAGAAUGUAGUGAGCUUAAUGGGUAAGAGAGUCUAAAAUACUAAAUAAGCUGUAAAUUUACACAAAAGAAAUGAUUCUAUGAUAAUUUUGAAGAGGGUGUCAUGUGACCAGCAACUAAUGUCAGUUACCUUGAGUUGGGUGGACUUAGUUGCAUCAGAUAUUUAAAAAUCGUAGUGUUCACCAGGAUUUUAACCUGAGACACCUUGGUUCAGAAGCUUUACCAGUUGGCCACCAUGCCUCCUGCACACUAGUAAUGUCAGGCUAAUAUUUACCAGAUUGUUCUGAUCUGUACAAAUGAUUGUUUUAGGACAUUUCCCAGAUAGUAUUAUCUGUCAGAUAAAAUUAAAGCCUGUAGACCUAUUGUCUCUUUAUUAGGCGAUUGAAUAUGAAAUGUAUUGUUCCAAACACUGCACUCUAUUGAACAACAGAAUAAGCACCUAGAUAAGAUAAAAUCGUUUGUCAAAACAUUGGUGAAAAGAUUAAGCAGCUCAUUGGCUUCAUCACAAAGACUAAUGUUUGGUUUUUCUGUCUCAAUUUUUGUAUUUAACAAGCAUAACAGUAAGUUGUUGCUUUUUUUUCCCCUAAGCAUUUAUCUUUGCCCAAUCAAUUCUAAGUUAUAGAACCAUUUCAUAUUUAAGUUGGAACAUAUCAAAAUUGAAUGUAAUCAUUGAAUGUACAUGACCAUAUUAUUAGAUAAAUUUUGUUUUGGGAGAGGAUUGUGAGGUCAGUGAACUUAAUUAUUCUACCAGAAUACAAAGCCCUAUGAUGCUUACUUUAUAAAAUGUUUGUAUUAAUGCCAAAAAAGCUGACACUAUAUUUUAUCACUUAGACUUACUUGUUUAAAAGUUCAAUUAGAAUUGUGACUGAGUUGAACAAAUAGUUUUUAUUUUGUUGACUCCAAAGUAUUUUUAUUGUUUUUUUUUUCAUCAAUAAUUUACUGGUCAUAUUACUAUCGGGGGAAAUGAUAUGUAAAAAAAAUUUUAAGCAAAAUGCUGACUACUCUUGACUAUUUAAUUAAAUCUUAUUCCCAAGUUAUGACCCACAUAUAGAUUGAUUUCUCACAGAAUAGACCUAGAGCUACUGGUAUUUUAAAGUUUGUAUCUUUUAUUUUUUUAAUACUUUAUUCUUAACUUUUGCAAGUACUAAUAGGAAAGUAUUCAAGUAACACUAAUUUGUUAAGUAAUAGUUAUUAAACAAAACCACUGAUUUGUAUAUAAUGUGUUUGGGUCAAUAUGGCUUUAUAACUCAUGUGUAUGGAUUUAACAAGUUUGACCUAUCAGCAAUGUUUAUUUAUACCAUUUCUUCAAGUACCAUUUUUUAAAGAUGAAAAGAUAUUCUGUAGUUGGCAUUACCAGUUGACUAGAACUUAUGUCACAUCUACCAUGUUACCUUUGUACAUUGGUCAUCACUGUUGUGACUUCAUAUCUGUGUGUCUGUGUAUUAGGAAGUUGUUUAUGAGACUGAGUUACAUGAAGAUACUUAGUGAGUCUACAGCCUCAUUUGUUAGGUUGUAAUGUUUUUGUUCAAAUGCUUGUAUAUUGUUGUAAGAAAAAAGUAUCAAUAAUAUAUUUUGUUAUUAUAAAGUACUUGCAUAGCUGCAAUAAAUAACACCUGUACAUUUUAAGAAAAAAGCUCUGGUCCAAAAAUUUUGAUUUAAAAAAAACAAACUUUUUAUAACAUUUGUUAAAUGCAAAAAAAAAAAAAAAUUUAGUAAUGUGUUAAUAUUGAUAUAAAGGAAAUAAAUAUUUGAUAUUUGGAAGGGGGGAUGCGGAUCAGUUUCAUUAAAACCGCCAAACUGGGAUUCACGACAAAUAUUUCUAAUGGUGUGAGCACCAUGUUAUUGAAACACAAGAUUUUUUUUUUUUUACUGUAAACUACAAUUUCAUUCUGUGCUUUGAAAAUAUAAUUUUUGAGGAUAUCUUUUGUGUGUGUGUGUGGUUAAAAAAUAAAAUACUUUGUUAGAAGGAUUUAUAAACUAGUAUUAAGAAAUUCAAAAUUGAUUUUGAUGUAUACUUUUCAAGGUAUUUAAAAAAAAAUUAAUUAAUCUAUUUGGUCUUUUUCUAAUUUGUAGUGUCACAAAAGUAUAAACCUAGCAUUUUACAACAUGUACAAUCAAAAAUAUGAAUUUAAAAUCUGAAAUACAAAUUUGUGAAAAUGAAAUAUAAAAGUAGUGGUGUUGCUAUCAUAGUAGUGAGUGUGCCAAAACCUGUGGAGGCUGGUGAUAGAAUAGGAAAAAACAUGAGCCUAAGUUAAAGUCUUUGCACUUAUCAUCAUUCUUGUCUGGUUAGGACACAGACAUACCAGUGUCUGACAUUGUGUCUGUCAGUUUUGUAUCUCUUGCUUAGCUUGUAUUAUCUGCUAAAUGGGAAUGGAGGCACUGCACUUAAAAUAUUCUUCAAGCUGGGCCCCAACAGUCAUUGCGUCACCACCACAGGGUGUAUAGUAUUUUAAGAGUUGGCAGGCAAAUCUGUUUUCUACCUAUUAGAAAAUAAUAUACAAAGAAAGUUUUUUUUAAAUUUGGAUAACAAUAUACUUUUUUUUACAUAAAACAACAUAAAUAAAUGAUUUCAAUUUUUUGUGUAGAUAUAUUUCAAAACAACCCUAACCAGAUGCAUUCUUGAAUCAUUUUUCUCAGAAACUAAUGCUAUUAUCUAUUUAAACAUUUCAUUCAUAGAAUGCCUCAUCUCUUUAAAUUCAUUUCUAUUUAAGUAAACAGAAAUAGUUUUAUGAAAGCAUAGAACACAUAAAGGGGAUUUAAAAGAACAGUAGUAAUAGUGUCAACCCUAAAGAGAUGAGUCUACUAAUUCUUGAAGGAAGUUAUUGUAAAAACAAAUGCACUUACUGUAAAUGUCUAUACUAAUGAAAUGAAAUUUUGUUUCUAACUCAUGAGGUGCAGCCAUUGAUCGCCAGAGCUCUGUACUUAUUUUCUGAAAUACUUGUGCUCAUGUCAGUUGUUUUGUUUUUGUAGACAAGGCAUAAUUUCAUAACUUUUGUUUUGAAAUUGUCGUUAUAAAUUUUGUACAAAAUUGUAAGCAAAGCUUUAGCUGUGUGCUUUAAGUCUGUCCCCUUCAGGAAACUGAUUCAAGCUAACACAUAUUGUCAUGUUGUGCUUUGUUGUGGACAUGCCACUCAAAGACCUUUAAUGUGUAUAUAAGAUGUUCUGUUAAUUGAAUUGUUUUUUAUUUUUUCAUUCAAAUGAUGUCAUAUUAUCAUGUCAUAUUAUCAUGUCUUAUUGCCAUGUCCACAAAAUGUCACAUUGAAUGUUGUUUGAUUCAAUUUCCUUUAAAUAGAUAUUCUAUUUGCACUCUUGUUAAAAAAAAUUCUUUUUUUUUUUUUUUUGUAGGGCAUGUACAUUUUGAGUACCGGUACUUAUACAGUGGGUUUAGCCGCAUUGUGGAAUUUUAAUUUGUGCAUUUAGUGAAAUCUAUAUUUAACUAAUCUGUUCACUCUAUGAAUGCAGGUUAAUGUGACUAGAUCAUCUAGAGCACUGCUUGGUUGGAAGAGUCACUCAGUAAUAAUCAUUGGAUAUAAGAAAGAUUUCAGUUCUACUGUACUUAUCAGUAGCCUUCAUGUCGUUGACCUUGUAAACUUAAGGACCUUAAGAAACUGUAACGACUAAAAAAGAAAUUCCAUUACAGCCUCCUGUUAGAAUUAGUUCUAUACCACUUGUAGUUUAAUACUCUGGUGAUGCUUGUUAUAACAUUGAUAUAAAACUAUUAUAUACAUAUACAUAUGUAAUAUACAAUAAAUGAUUUCUAUUGUGUUGAGUGUCUGAAAAAAAUUUCUAAGUAUUUAAUGUAAACGACUUACGACUAUUUUGUAAGUUGCAAGUCUGUUUUAUUGUUUAAAUAUGUUACAAUUUUUACAGACAAUAAGGUGAAUUUUACUUAGAGUGUUUAUGAUUUACUAUUAAUAUAUACAAUCUCUCUCAUUGGUAUAUUAAUACUAAAUCUUAAAUGCAUACACAUUUAUAUAAUUAUAAAUAUAUACAUCUAAAGCAAUAAAAUGAUUUAUUAACAAAAAAAAACCCCCAAUCUUCUCUAUGAUGUCCCAGUGCAUUCUGGCUUCAUUGAGACUAGCAUAUUCUUAUGCCAUGUAUGUGAAUUGUUUGCAAUUUUGGGACAAGUACACCAAGCCAUAUUUGUAGACAGGCCAGUGAAGGAUUAGCAUCCAGCACCUCCAGUGACUGGAUAGUUCAUAAAGAUUCUGUUUUUAUCCUAAGAAGUGGGCAACUCUUUUGUCAAGCCAUGAGCUGAGAAACAUUUGUGUGUUUUUUUUAAGUUCAAACUUAUCUUUUUUUUUAAAAAAAAACUACAAAACUUCCAUAUCUAUUUUUUUUUAGUGUAGUCUUAAUUGACAAGCCAUACACAAUAAAUGUCUCCAUAACUAGUGUGUUAGAGAAAAGGAGUUUUUAUAUUUUUUUUUUUUUAGAUUUUAACUUUCUAUUUUUGUUUGUUGGUUCUGUGAUUUUUUUUUAUGUUAAAUUUUUUUGUUUUAGUCAAAGUACAAUAUACAGGGCAUAAUUUAAAGUUUGACUGUAGAUGUACCUAGCCUUCAAUAACUGGCAAAUACAAUAGCCAAAUGGUAAUUUAUAGAGAAUCCUUUGGAGCUGUAUAUGAGCAGUUUUUCUGUUGGUCUAUGUAUGCUUCCCCCAAUUGUCCCCUUAUGUUUAAAUGCUAUAUUUCAGUUCUGACCUUGUUACAACUAGUGAAUGGGAAGACAAGUUUUACAGUAACUCAACUCUUCUAUUUUUGUUAUAUAUACAUCCUUUGUUUUUGCAUCAGUCGUUACAUCUUUUGUUUUGUUAUUGGCUUACGAUUUUGUGAUCUAAAUCUGAUUGUUUGUUUGAUCUGUCAUUGCCCAUGUGUUUAUUUCAUUUGGAUUUGUUUAUACUAAUGUUAGUGGUUAGCACAAAAGUCUAUUAAACAUUUGAAUGUCAGAUCUA